CGCGCGGGGCGACCGUUGGAGCGCGCGAGCCGCGGCCCCUCCCCUCUUCGCGCCUCCGGCUGCUCCAUGAGGGCCUGGCGCGCGCUGCGGCGGGCUGCCGCCUCCUCCUCUUCCUCUUCUUCCUCCUCCUCCUCCUCCUCUUCUUUUCCUGCCGACGAGAAGCCCCGGAGGCGGGCAUGGGGGACAUCGCUGUCGCCGCUGGAGCGGGUGAGGCGGCUGCUGCCGCCCGAAGAAGCGGCGGCGGUGGCGCGGUGCGCGGCAGCGCCGCCUCAGGCUCCCCCUGAGGAGGAGGAGGUGGAGGUGGCCGCCCCUCGUCAAGCGCUGGUUGAGGCGGUGUCUCCGCGUCCCGGCUCUUUCCGCGCCGGGGAGCUGGCGCUGGCGGAGGUGCGGAGGAAGCACAACACGACGCUGAAGCUGCUGUGCCGGCUGGCGGCGGAGGCGGUGCUGAGUAGCCCCGGCGGCGUCCUGCCCCACCGCGACAUCAUCGGGCAGCUGCCCGGGCAGGUGCUGCGCACGUCGGGUGGGACGCGGCUGCUGCUGAGGCGGCCCUCGCUGGAGGAGUACGUGCUGCUCAUGCCUCGGGGACCCACCAUCGCCUACCCCAAGGACAUAAGCGCUAUAUUAACGAUGACGGAUAUCCACCCGGGAGACACCGUGUUGGAAACGGGCAGCGGGUCUGGUGCUAUGAGCUUGUUUCUGUCAAGAGCAGUUGGGCCCAAAGGUCGUGUUCUAAGUUAUGAAAUCAGAGAUGAUCAUCAUAGUUUAGCUAAGAAGAAUUACAGGCACUGGCGUUCUGCAUGGGAAAUAGGACACAUGGAUGAGUGGCCAGAUAACGUGGAGUUCAUUCUUAAAGACAUUUCAACAGCUGCUGCAGAUAUGAAAUCUGUAACACUUGAUGCAGUAGUUCUGGAUAUGCUGAACCCUCAGUGUGCUCUGCCUGUUGUAUACCCAAGCCUGAAGCACGGUGGGGUGUGUGCUGUGUACUUAGCAAAGCAGGAAAAAUCAAAGAUACAGAAGCACCAGUUCUAUUACAGUCCUUUGAGCAGCAGCAUAGGUCGAUUUGUGACAACAUGGAAUCUUCAGAAACACAUCAUGGACAAGGGAUGAGACUUUGGUUAUCUUCAGGAGGGUACACCCAAAACCAAUCAGGUUUGCAGCCUCUGAAGAAUCUGUUAGACCGAGAUUGCCAAAUACCCCAGUGGCAUUGAUCACGCUCUCUCCACUCAUCUCUCUGAUCUGCUGACCACAGUGCAUGUCACAGCCCCACCUUGCAUCGUUUCCUGAUACUUCAGGAGUGACUCAUACAUCCUCGCGACUUUCUCUGAAAGCAGAUUCUGUCCCUUUUCUGUGCCUGGGGAGUUUCACAAAACCCACUUACCUAAUUUCUAGGGAACACCUGGAAGUGACCUUACAUCAUAUCCUGGUAUCACACUAAUUCUUACUGACUUCACGAAGAGCUGGAUUUAUCUCCUUGGAUCUGAUUCACAGUUCACUCAAGUCAAUAGAAAAAUCUCCCACUGAAGUCAAUGGCUCUUGAGUAUUUUAGUGAACUAAUACUUUAUUCUCCAAACAGAUCUGGAUCAAAUGUAAAUUAGGGAGCAAAAGUUGAAAAAUACAGAUCACAUGAGUUUUCCUAAGGUAAGUUUACAUACUUCGUGUAUGUAGAGUUUGGUGACCAACACUUUUUGCUAUAUAGUAGAGCCAGUAAUGUGCUCGUAGCAUUGAAAUUACAAUUUAUCUGAGCUGUAAUUAUGCUUUAAUAAGAGUAAACCACAACUAGCCUACACUGCACUGCCUAAUCAGCAGUCAGCUAUUUGAUAAGAGGAGGUAUCUCCAACAGUUGAUAAAAUUAUCCUGUUUAUAACCAAUAUGCAAGGCCUUACCUUUAGAGCUGUGUGCUGAGGAAAGUUUAUAUAGAAUAGCCAUUGAAUAUGGUCUCGUAUUUCGGUACAAAGAGGUACAAGCACCACAAAAGGUACAAAAAAGACACUGCCUCCCAACCCCCCAGACACCAAGGCACCUGUGUAAUAAACUUCAACAGUCAGGCUCUUGUAUCUGUUUAGUCUCAUGUCUGCUUCACUGGCUUUGAUUGUACCGAGAAGCUGCCCUCAAAAUAACCGGGAAAGAGGGUAAGUUUAACACUGCUGUGAAUGGUCCUCAUUUCCAUUGCCUUGCUGGUGAAUGGGAUCAUGUAGAGCAACUCUCCUUCAAAAGUACUGAGCAAUGUUUAAACAAUAAUUUCUUCACAUUUGGAAAUCUAGUGAGACCACAGGUAGUGAGGUCCUUAUUCGUUCCUGCAAACUGGAGGCAAAUUAAAUGCUAGACUACAAAAAGCAGCAUGAUGCACCUACAUUUUCAGCAGAGUUACCUUAUCACUUUCUGCUGGUGCUAACUCACAUUUCACAAUGUGCCACAACACAACAGUGCCAAAACACACUGUGAGAGGCUCUAGGCCACACAAAUACCCUAAAACCAUUCAGCCCCUAGAUACUAAAGGUUAUGUCUAUUUUUUGACAACAAAGAUACCUAUGUGGUAUUUGAAGGUGGUUGUAGAAGCAGGGCUACUUUCAGUAUUAGCCUCUCCAACAUUUCAAGACUGCUUGGAUUUGUAAAACUAGGCACAGAGUUUUACCUAUACAAAACAAGGAUCAGGAGAAGAAAGAGGACUACGUGUACCAAGCCUGUUCUGUUUUUCUACAUUUAUGUAUUAAAAAAAUAAAUAAAAUAAAGGCAAAAGUCCAUCAUAAAAUUUAUUAGUCCUUAUUAUCAAGGCUCACAUAGGUCAGCUUAGCAAUUUGAUAAUGACAAGAUAGCUCUUCUCAUUUUGAACAAACCUGUACAUUAAUAUGAAAUAAGAGGCUUAUAGUAAGGCAGGCAUUUCUGGCUUAUAAUCCUACUCAUCUUUCUGGAUAAUGCCAUCACGUGACGAAAGAGAGGCGAGAAGUCCGUAUUUGAGACUUUAGUCUUCCCAAGUUUUCAUAUUGCUAGGUCAAGUUUUCAUUUUGAAUCUUUGACAAGUGUAUCAGAAGAAUACACUUAUCAAUCAGAAACCAUUCAAAACCACAAGAAGAAUCAAGAUAAAUGCUGCAAAACUCUGAUUCAGGCUGUACCAAGAGCAAAUCCAAAGAGCUGUCCCUUUAACUAGGACCCAUCUGAGACAGCAGCAGGGCACUGGAGACAAAAACAACAUACAAAACCAGGUACAACACAAACACAGCUGUGCACAGAGACAAAACCACUAAGGUAGUUCACCAGCACUUUUGCUUCGAUCAUGAAAAGUUUUCAAACAGUUUCACUUACUGAGGUCUGCAUGUGCAGAAGCAGAAACAUGUUUUUGUUGUACAGUGAACUGGUGAGAGGAAGCUUCAAGUCUUUGAGCAGAAUGUCAUUCUGGUUUUAUCCUGUACUAAAAUAACUUGUUUUUCUAGGGUGCUAGUAUCUUUAGAAAGAUCUAUGCAUAUUUUUUAACUGAAUAAAUAAAUUCAAGGUUCAUAAAGCAUUUCCAGUGUACCAUACCUAUC